GGCAGUCAGGACCAGUAUAAAAGCCAGUCCAAGAGCAGGCUCCCUCAUCCACUUCUCUUGCCUUCUCCUCCUUGCUGAACAAGGUGUCCGUCCAUCCCACAGCCAUGUCCUGCUACGAUCUGUGCCGUCCCUGUGGCCCAACCCCGCUUGCCAACAGCUGCAACGAGCCCUGCGUCAGGCAGUGCCAGGACUCCCGCGUGGUGAUCCAGCCCUCUCCCGUGGUGGUGACCCUGCCCGGCCCCAUCCUCAGCUCCUUCCCCCAGAACACCGCCGUGGGAUCCACCACCUCGGCUGCCGUUGGCAGCAUCCUGAGUGAGGAGGGAGUGCCCAUCAACUCCGGGGGCUUUGGCCUCUCUGGCCUUGGUGGCCGCUUCUGUGGCAGGAGGUGCCUGCCCUGCUAGAGCCGGCCUGGACGUCCAGCGAGCGCGUCGACCAGCAAGCCCAAAGCCAGGUGCCGGACUGAGGAUGGAGCUGCUGGCCAGAGUUUCCAGAAGGACUGAUCUUCCUCGUGGCCUUUUGUAUGCUAGGGAGUGAAUCAAACUGCUGUCUCUAUACACGGCCAGCAUAUGUCUUACUCCUGAAAUUCCUGCUUUUGUUAACUUUCCUUUUUUCUGUGGUUUUGAAUUUCACUUUGUCUGGGUAUUAUGCUGUACUUUGCAAUGAUCAGUGGAUGGGUUUUAUUCAGGAGUUAAAGAAAAUUGUAGUCUUGCUUGCUGUCUUUCAUUUAGAAUGGUUCAAAUGACUUCUUUCCCUUAUAUAAAUAUACAUAUCUUUUUUGUUUUGCAGCAUACUACUUGACUUUUUAUCAUUAAACUGAUGUUGCAUGUGAA